UAAAAUCAAUGCUGUUAACGUUGUAACAGGAAGUUGCUAGACGGACACGAUAACACACGCUAUUACUACCUUUAUCGGACGUUUGUUUACUUAAAAUGUUAUCAUAAACCGUUCUCUACGUCUGCUGUCAUCACAAGCUAUAUUUCGUGUUAUUGGAAACAAGUGUCAGAAGAAGUAAUGUUUAAUGUUUAUUCCAAUUCCCAAUAACAGUAAAACGGUGUCCGUAUCAUGAAUAUUUCCAAUAGAGGUUCUAUGGAGUACGGACGCCAUGAUGACAUUGUUGUCUUCAAUACUGCGUUCCAAGAAGGUGAGAAGAGCAUUCCUUACAUGCCUGCUUGUCAGUGUUGUUGUGGUGGUCUUAAAUGGAUUAAUACUCCACGAUUCGGAUACGUUAUCUGUUUAUGAUGUUUCGAAGUUUACCGAACUGCCUGAGAAACAAAUAUCUAAAGGAAUUUUUAUUCAUCCAAAAUUGAAGUGUAGUAAAAGAUGUUUACAAAAGACUGUGAUUUUAGUAACAAGUAAAGCGUCAAACACAGUGCAGCAGGAAACAGUACGACAGACAUGGGGACAUCCAAGAAUGCAAUCGAAAUACAACUUCUGUCUAUUUUUCUUGAUCGGGAAAGAAAAUAAUGUGGAUGUGAACAACGAAAGUAGUGCGAAUGGGGACAUUUUACAAGUUAAUGUUACCGAGAACUACUACAGCCUCACUUACAAAGUAAUGGAAGGUUUCAACUGGGUCACACAUUUCUGCUAUGAAGCACGUUUCUUUUUCAAAACAGACGAUGAUGUGUAUUUUGACCUGGAAUUUCUGAAAGAAAUCGAAAAGGACAAAACUUUUCUUUCUGACGAUGUUCUUCUUGGUUCAUGUAAACGGGGACCUCCUGUAAGCAGAGACACAAGAAAGUAUUAUACUACCUACGACGAGUAUCCUUUUGAAUUUUAUCCACCAUACUGCGGAAGUCCUGGGUAUUUCAUGACAUUGAACACUGCAAGGAAAAUAUACGGAGAAAUGUUGUACACAAAAGCGUUCAAGUUAGAGGACGCGUAUUUAGGAAUGGUCAUUUUUAGGUUAGGUAUACCAGUAAAACAUGUCGAUAAUUUCAUUUAUGCAUUAGAUAAAAUUGAUGGAUAUAUGCAAUAUUUCAGGAUCCGCUGUUCGCGAGUCAUUAAAGGAUUAACAGCCAAUAAUAUCCAACAACUGUGGAAUCAACGUAGCUCAAUAGGAAUUGAUAAAAAUGACUGUUCCGCAUGGGGAAGAUUAGGUUACAUUGUAAAAUAUUAUAGUAAUUAUAUCAUAGGGUCAGGAAAGGAUGCCGGCCAGAUAUCAAACUAAAUCAAGAACAAUUUCAGUCAUUUUUCUUAUUUUGAAAUGUAUUAACACAAAACUAUUGUUAGUAAUGAUAACAAAAGAAGAAAAAGAAGUUUAAAUCAGUGCACAAGUCAUUGGAGUUUAUCAAGCUGGACAGUUAUAGAAAGUUUAAAUCAGUUAUAGAAAGGCCCUCGAAAGGGUUUAAUUCUGUUCAGCUUUGUUGGAAAAGUUAAACAUGUGAUAACCUUGAACGUUGUGUGUAUCUGGCUCGUGAAUGUGGUGUAGUGCAGAUAGUUGGCUCGUGAUCAUACAGUUUUACUCUGGUUUUACACAACUAAACUACAGUGGGACAGGGAUCCUUUAAUGAAUUCUUUGGGAGUAGUGGCAGUAUAUACAUAAAAAUGUGUAAGUACCUGUGUAUCGCCUGAGUCCUGACCUAUGGCUGAUUGGUCUAUAUAAGGUUUGUAGGUCGAAGUUGAUCAUGUUUAAUAAGAUUUCACAUAUUAAAGAUAAAGAUAUUAAAAAAAUACAUAUAUUUUGAAUUCAUUAUUAAUGCUUCUUAUGUUUGUUUUAAAUACAAACGCUAAUUGAAAACCUAUUUUGGGAGCUUUUGAAAACGUCUGUUUAACCGCCUCUUAAUCGCGUUUGUAUUCAUUACAUUUGAUUAAAUGCCUUACUUUAUUUCGUAAUAUUAAGUUAAUACACAUUGUUAAAACAUUAAUAUGAAAUAGUGAUUCGCUUCCAACGUUACACAAUUGUUAUAACAAGAGUUUCACAGAAUGACAUUUCUUGGUGUAUGAUUUUUUGAUAAAUUACAACAGAUAUGUGUGAAGUCCUUUACUGCUGGACUGUAGAGCUGAAUUUGACUGCUUUGAUUUGUAUGAUUUGUUUUUGAAAUAUAAUGUAAAUGUAAAUUAAGUAUCAAGCAUUUGU